GCACCUGUGACCGCGUUCCGACUACAGUCGUCAGUCGAGAGCCGGAGUUGGGUCUGAUCAGACCCACAGCACUUUGACGAGGUUUCUUGAACGGGAAAAGCAGAAGCACUUUCACCGAGAUGCUGAGGGAAACGUUUCUCGUUUUCGCGGCGCUCGUCGUGUUCGCCGGUGCCACGGAAGUUUAUCAAUGUGAUUCUGAUACCCCGUUCGCGGAUCCCAGUCAAGUCAGCGUAUCCGGCUGCGACAAACCUGAGUGUUUAUUGAAACAGGGAACGACUGUCGUCAUCGAGGUCAGACUCGUGCCUAACCGAGAAAUUCAGGGCUUGAGUAAUGAUGUGAAAGCACUUAUUUCUGGCGUACCCUUGCCCUUCAUCGGAGUCGAUGGAACAAACGCCUGCGAUAAUAUUUACAACGCCGAUGGUAGCAAAGCUGGUUGCCCCUUGAAACAAGGCGGCGAAUAUCUAUACAGAAACAGUUUUCCCGUGCUGUCGAUAUAUCCCAGGAUUUCUGUGCUGGUACGUUACGCAUUACGAGAAGGAAAUGAUAGAAUUAUAUGCUUCGACAUACCAUCGAAGAUUACGAAAUAAGCUGCUUGCUGACUUUGGCAUAUCACAAUUAAAAGUCAUAUAGUGUGCGUAGACGAUGUAGCUCUGAACUUAUGUAAUUUCAUUGUAUAUUACUACAUGCAAAUAAUCCUUGUAAUGCAAAAGUAUGCCAUACAUAUACGUGAUGCGUGUAUAUAUAAAAUAUUUUUAAUAAAAUAAUUACCUUUCUAUUUUUAAUCAA